AUGGAAUCAAAGGCAGCAUUCAUGCUUCUUUUCUUUAUAUUCUCGUCCGCCCUCAUACGCGGCUCAAAGGCCGGUAUCACUGAACUGAACUGUACAGAAAUGGUUGGUGGUGAAGCCAAGUAUGCUCAAUCGGCGGUAAACUGCAACAACAAAAUUUCCGACGCUGCUUGCCUCGUCAUCUAUACGACUGCUGUGAAGGCGAAUGACAAUACCGAUCGGAAUGAAAAAUGUGACGGAAAUCCCGUAAAUCCUGCGCUAGUUCAAGCCGCUAUAGACAUCUGCCCGAAGACGUGCGGAUAUUGCUGCCUCAUACCUGCUUUCAUGUGCCAAAACAAAUUACAACCGCGAGUCCCCUGCUCAUCAGUAACGCAGGACAUGUGCGAGAAUCAGGCUUGGAAAACUAUUCUUGAGGAGGACUGUCCCAAAACGUGUGGAUUCUGUAAUUCAGGUUCCUGUGUUGAUGAAGCACCUGGCUGCCGCAUAGAGGGCGACUUCAUUUGCCAGAGUAAAAACCUGGAAGCAUUCGCGAAGAAGUACUGCAAGAAGACGUGCGGGUACUGCAACGAUGGAACAACAACAUCACGACCAGGUCAACCAGUCAGUCGAGUACCACCAGGUUCACCCGGUCAACCAGGUGCACCAGGUCAACCAGGCGCACCAGGCCAACCAGGUGUACCAGGUCAACCAUUCAGUUCGGUACCACAAGGUUAA